UAUCACUGGUCAAAGUUUCUUAAAAGGGAUCAGGGAGCAAUGGGAGUUUCACAGUUGUACCACUAGAAUAAUAAACAUAAAGAUUGCUCAAUAAUCAGGAGCAAACACAAUGAAUGGUCUUACAAUUAGCAGAAGAAAAUUAUUUUUUAAUUUUGCAGUAAAAUGUGUUGUCAGACUUGAGGACAUUUCCAUUGUGUGUUUGUUGUAUAAAGGUCAGAAGGCCACAUCUAUGCAUGUGCUGUACCUGAGUACAACACUUAAGGCCUUUCUGAGUUAUUAUGUCGCCUAAUAUAUUAUUUCCUUCUCAAUAACCUGAAUAAGCGACUUGUCCAACUUUUCUAUGUUUGACAUGGGUUUUACGAGGGGUCCCUGAAGGCCACAGUGAUUGAUGGUGCUGAUACACCUGUGCAGACAUACCUGUCACUAAACACAGGAGGGUCACAGAGAAUGAGUUUGGAAAUCAAUGUUUGACUUUUACAGGUUGUGUGAAAUAAAAAGCAGGCGACGGCAGGUGUAAUGUCUCCACCUGUCACCUACAGGUUUUCAGCUUGACAUGAAUGAAAUGGCUGAAGGACAUGACAGGUGUGACAACCAAAGGAGCUCGCCACCUGCUUCCAGCUCCCCUCUGUCGUCUCCCUGCUGCAGCUCCACCCAAACAUGGCUGCUGGUUGAAUCUCCCCUGCGGCCUCCCUGGUCGAACAGUCGUCAAGUGGAGCGGGAUGGGGACUCUGGGGAUCGUCAAGGUGGGAUGCAGACAAGUGAACUUCCUUCAUCUUGUUUGUAUGAGGAGCUGUUCUGUACUAGCCAGACCCCCGUCCCUCUGGCCAGCGCCCUCGUGACCUCCUCCGUGCCGCAGAGCGAUGUGGUGAAACGAGGCUACCUGGGGAAGCUGGAGCGAAACCACAGAAGAUAUUUUGUCCUGAGAGCAGGGAGUCACACGGGGCCAAGCCGACUCGAGUGGUACAAGAGCCAGGAGAAGUUCACAGCAAUGAUGAAGUCUGCUGGGAAAGCUGCGCUGUUUGGGUCGAGCAAGCAAGGGGUGAUUUAUCUGAGGUGCUGUAUUGGUGUGAGCAGGACUGGCAGUUCCAGGAGAGGCCACACGGUGGCGCUGUAUGCCAAGGAUCAGACCAUGGUGCUGGUUGUUGAGGACCAACAGGAACAAGAAGAGUGGUAUCAGGCCAUAAAGAAGCUGAUGGAGGAGGAGCGGAAGGAUGAGGAGCAUGGAGAACAGUUUGAUGAAGAGGAUGAUGGGUACUGCACUCUGCCUCCUGCUGCUUUCUUCAAAGAGGUCUGGCCCGUCUCGGUGAAGCCCAGAGGUCUUGGCCGUUCCAAGUCCCUCUCAGGAGAGACCCGGCUCUGCCUCACAGCCACCUCACUCAUCUUGGUCAGGGUGGGCGCGUGCAGUGAUUUGCCGUGGGUUACGAUACCUUUGCUGAGCGUUCGCCGCUUUGGCCAUUUGGACGGCUCGUUCUUCUUGGAGCUUGGCAGGUCGGCGCCCGACGGUCCCGGAGAGAUCUGGAUGGAAGCAAGAGACCAAGGAAACUCAGGAAUCGCUCAGCACAUUCAUGAGGUGGUUCGAGACACAGUACGGGCACUACGAGCUCUUCCUGACUUCAGCCGGUUACCGACCUCCAGCUACAAUCAGCCUCAAGCACUUCAGGUCUCAAAACGCAGCAGACCCAAAUACAGAGACAGGCCAGUGAAUGCGAGACCACUUUGUCCUCCUCUGCCCCCCAAAAACACUGACCCAGAACCACACAAACCAGACAACACAGAGCCGCAACAUCUCAGCCCUGUCAGGUCCCAGCAGAGCUCCAUGCCUGGGACUGGCAGCUACAUGGAAAUGAAGACGGAGCACUGCGGCGUUGCAGCCUGCAGGAGGAAGAGCUGGGAGCUGGGGGAGGAAGGGGAAGGGCUGGGGUACAUGAUGAUGUCCCCACAGGUGAGCCACAGUUCACCUGAGCUGCCUCAGGACGACUAUGUGACCAUGGCGAGCCCACACAAACACCCCUGGCCUCCCUCCCCCUCCUCCCCCUCCUCAUCCUGUCAGACGUCAUUUAACAGCUCCACCUCUGACAGCUGCUCUCCUGUGCACCCAUCACUUAAUCAGACCAAUGAGCUGCUGACCUCAGUCCCACAGUCAGGAACAGAAACCAGCCAAUCACAGACGAGCAUCAGCUGUUCCGCUAGACCACAGGACGAUGUGAGGUCAGCCCAGCAUAAACGACACCCAGCACAGACCAGGACCACUUCUUCUCCUGUGGGGAGAGCUGAUGGGUCUGACUUGAUGCCUGUGUUUGUCAUGAGUGGACCAGGCCGUACCAGGCCGGUCCAGGCCAGUCCAAACUCUGGUACAGGCCGGUCUAGUCGACUCCAAGUUGUACCAGAGGAGUCAGCUGUUAGAAGAUACCGGCUGUCGUCAUGUCUGCCUUCUUGCCUGAAAGCUGAGGACACAUCCUGAGAGUCUGAAGUAAUUCACAUCUCAAUAAUCUGAUCAGGAGCAGUUUAUUUAUUCUGAUGGAGCAGGUGACGUCGUGGUUACAGGAUGUUAAAGUUGCCUGUGGUCACUGAAACAGCUGAUGUGUGAGCGAAGUGUAGAUUCUUUCAUUCUUAAUCCUGGAUGCUAUAAGGUGUAGAAAAAUAAAGCUGUUUUGUAGACAGUUUAAGUCUCCUAUUAGUCUGUAAAUUCACUGAGUGUGUCUCAUUUUCUUCUUGUCUUUUUUUUCUUUUGAAGAAAAUAACCUGUCAAACCUGAACUUUGGCCUUGAACUACACAGCACUUGAAGAUGCUGCACUGAUGUAAUUAAAAGAAUAAAGUCACAUGAAUGCA